UCAUGGCAUCCUCCCGUGGUCCAGCACUAAAUGAGGAGCUCCAGUGCUCCAUCUGUCUGGAAGUGUUCACUGAUCCAGUCACCACUCCAUGUGGACACAACUUCUGCAGAACCUGCCUGAGCAAGUGCUGGACGAACACUUGGACCUGCUUCUGUCCACUCUGUAAAGAAAAAUUCAGCAGAAGACCUGAUCUCAAGAUUAAUACAACACUCAGAGAGGUUGCGCAACACUUUAAGAAGAAGCUCAAUCUAGGAGAAUCUAAAGGGUUCUGUGACAUCUGUGGUGAAAGAAAGCAGAAAGCUGUGAAGUCCUGCCUGACGUGUCAAAGCUCUUACUGUGAUGAUCAUCUGGAGCCUCAUCUCAGAGUCCCACGUCUAAUGAAACACACACUGAUCAAUGCUGUGGAAAACCUGGAGGAUUAUAUUUGCCAGAAACAUGAGAGACCUCUGGAGAUGUUCUGCAGAGAUGAUCAGACGUGUGUUUGUCUGUCCUGCUCUGAAGGAGAACACAGGACUCACAACACUGUUCCUAUAGAGGAGGAGAGUCGAGAGAAGAAGGAUCAUCUGGUUCAGACACAGACAGAUGUUCAUCAGAUGAUCCAGGACAGAAUGAAGAAGAUUCAAGAGAUCAAACACUCAGUAGAACUAAGAAAAAAGAACAUGGAGAAAGAGAAAUCAUCCAGUGUUGAGAUCUUCACUGAUCUGAUCCGCUCCUUUGAGAGAUGUCAGUCUGAGCUGCUGAAGAUGAUGGAGGAACAGCAGAAAGCAGCAGAGAAACAGGCUGAAGAUCUCAUUAAAGAGCUGCAGCAGGAAAUCACUGAGCUGAAGAAGAAAAACACUGAGCUGGAGCAGCUCUCACACACUGAUAAUCAUCUCCAACUCAUACAGAUGUACUCACCCCUGUACAGCCGUCGACAUGCCAAGAACUGGACUGAGAUCCGGAUUGACUCUGAUGUAAAUGUGAACUCUCUGUAUAGAGCUCUGGCUCAACUGAAGAAAACUCAUGAGACACUAAAUGAAAAACUCAGUCAAACUGGGUUGAAGUGUGUACAGAAGUAUGCAGUGGAUGUGACUCUGGAUCCUGAUACAGCAAAUCCAUAUCUCAUCCUGUCUGAUGAUGGAAAACAAGUCAGUCAUGGAGACUUUGAGCAGUACAUACCAGAAAACCCAAAGAGAUUUGAUGUCUGUUUUUGUGUUCUGGCAAAGGAGGGAUUCAGUUCAGGGAGAUUUUACUAUGAGGUGCAGGUGAAGGGAAAGACUGAGUGGGAUUUAGGAGUGGCCAGAGAAUCCAUUAACAGGAAGGAGAUAAACCAACUGACUCCAGCGAAUGGAUUCUGGACAGUGGCUCUGAUUAAUGAGAAUGAAUAUUUAGUUUGUGAUGAUCCAGUGGCCUCUUUCCCUCACAGAAAGACCCCUGAGAUGGUGGGAGUGUUUGUGGAUUAUGAGGAGGGUCUGGUCUCUUUUUAUGACGUGGGCACCGGCUCUCAUAUCUACUCUUUCACUGGUCAGAAUUUCACUGAGAAACUCUAUCCAUAUUUAAGCCCAUGCCUUAAUAAUGAAGGUAAAAACUCAAACCCACUGAUCAUCACACCUGUCAGUUAAAAUGAACAAAUAAAUUCCCCAGACGUUAAACAUUAAACCUGUAAAAUUUAUUUAUGCAUGUGCUGUUGUUAAGGAUUAAAAUAUGUACAAAGCCAAAAUGAAUCUGCACACCAAAUCAAAAAAUUAGAUUAAUAAUUCAAACUGACGAGGCUACAAAUCUAAGACCCAUGAUCAAGUAGAUUUUACUGAACAAAUCAAAUCCUGCAACCUUCAGGUCCAACCCUACUCCAGCACAACUGGCUGUUUUCAAAUAAAGCCACAGUCACACUAGACUUUGAGCAUGAACAAUAUCUAUGGACACUGCAAUGAUCGCAGUAUGACGUAACACUCUGUGGCGUCUUUUUUAAAAGCAUAAUUCAACAUAUAAUACACACAAAAUGUAAAAAUAUGCAAUCUACACCAUUUUACUGCAAAGCUGCAAUCCUGUAGAUUUAAAGUUUGCGUUCUUUUAAUUCGGCUAAGAGUCACACCGUUAAGCAUCAGUCUUCUAUUGGUCACACGACUUCAUGUGAUACAAAUUCACAGGGCAGAGUUCACCAAACUUGAACUCUGGAACGCAGUGAAAUUCACAUGAACUUGUGUUUCCUGACUCAUGCAUAUGAAUGGAAGUCAAUGGAAUGAAAAGUGUGACUGCCCCUUUAUCUAACUGGGUUAUGCUAACCAGCCAAACCUAAGUAAAAACACUGAAUCCAUGGAAACUCAUUUCUAUAAAUAAUGCCAUUAUUUCUGCUCCAGCAGCCCAUGAGCUCGCUCCAGCCUGCGAGCCCUUCCUGCCCCCCCUAAAGCUCCUGAAAAAAUUUUUGGGGUGCAUGUGGGUGGGGAACAUGUGGGUGGGGCUCAGGAACCGCCAUGGCCGCCCACGUCUCCUGACCUGCCAUGGCCGCCCACGGCCUCUGACCCGCCAUGGCCGCUGACCCGCCAUGGCAUCCCAAGGCUCCUGACCCGCCAUGACGGCUCAAGCUCCUAGACCCGCCCUGGGGACCUCCGUAACCGUCUGCACCUCCCCCCGCACCUGCAUGUCUCCAGGGCGCCCACCCCCCCUCCCCCGUUGUUACAUCUUAGGCGCUAGGACGCGCUAACCGGGGAGGAGGAGGUAAUGUUACAGUCUUGCCUGCCCUGGACUCCGUUUCCCAUGUUCCUCCCUGUUCCACACCUGAAUGCACUUCCUCAUCAUCUCUCCCGCUCUUCCCGGAUUCCCUGCACCUGUCCAUCGUCAUCAGCACACCCUUUAUAUUGGACCCACUCCCUGCACUCCCUGUCUGUUCUUGUUGUUGUUUGAUGUUGUUGAAUGUGUUUGCUGUUCUGAUUCCUUGGAUAAAUAAACACACCGUUUCGUAGAAGUCCGAUUCUGCCUUAUUCACGAUUGUGACAAUUACAGCUUGUAAUGAGUCCAUUUCUGAAGCCAUUUUCUCUCUUUGUUCUCCAGCUGUUAACUUGAAAUGAGAUGUAAAAUGUUGCAGUUCUUCAACUACAGCAUCUGAAUAAAUACAUAUUAAAUUCUAUAACUGAUAUCGCUUGUAUUAAACUGCAUGCUAAUAAAUAUGCAAAUACAAACUGCAGAAUAAACAUCUCACAUAAACAUUUUGGACAGACAGGACAUGACAUUUACCAACCACAGUGUCCUCUAGAGGCUGAAAACAGUACAAACACAAUCAAUGGAUGUAGAGUUUCUUUUUGUGUUGAAUUGAAUCCAAAUAUGACACCUUCAGAUGUUUCAUCAGGUUGCAGUUCCUCACUCUAAGCAUCACAUGACUUCAGAAGAUUUGGAAUAUAGAGCAUGAGUCAGAAUGUAGUGCACUACUCUUAUGAUAAUUUAUGGUUACAUAAUCUAACUGCAACCAAAAUGCAACAUCAUGAAAC